UUAAAUUGGCGGAGCGAAGCGGGUGGUUUACCCAGGAUGAAUCAUUAGGAGUGCGAGGGCUCGUGAUUUGGGUGAAGCAGCCUAUGUGUGCUCAAAGCAGUUGUUAUCGGGCAGCACCUCCAUGGGCCUGAAUACCGGGAUCUCAAACUGUAGAGAUCCGUGGGAGUAUUGUCUCAACCAAGAUCGAGACCAGAACGAGGGGCUCCGAACCUUUUAUGGUCCUUCGAGUCCUGAAGUCCACAGGUAUCCCAAGGGCCUUCCACACUGUCCCCAGCGACGUUUGCUUCCGAGUCGGGUCUCAAUUGUACUGUAAAGGACAAGAGUGCUCGUUCAUCUACCAAUAAAACCCAAUUAAUUCAAUGGCGUAUUUUGCUCAGUUUCUUAAGCCACCAACUGUAUCGAUAAAGGCCAAUACUGAUCCCGCUGCAGAAUUUGAUGCUUCGUGGUACGCGGUGAAGAGCACUCUGGAGUUUCCGGACGAGAGACAACUCGCUCGAGGAAUCACAUCCACAAAUGUUGUUGAGCACUUGAACGCCAUGGUGAACUUAUUGAUCUACGAGUCUUCGGAGGGUGACGAGGGAUCAGCAGGGGGAUGCAUGGAGUAUUUACUCAAGAAUGACGUUCUAGGAACACUUGUUCGCUUAAGCGAGAUCGACCGUCCCUUUGGCAUUCAGGCUGAGGUAUUAAGAGUCAUCACGAAACUUGUCUCGGCUCUCGAUGAGCGAUUUCUAGUUCACUCGGCAGUCCAUAAAGCCGUCAUUCGCCUCCUUAGAACCUCCGUGGGCGAGGAACUUGAUCAUGUUGAUGGUGCACGGCCAAUGGGUGCCGCCAGCAUUUCCGUACGUGCUGAACCAUCGGACUAUGAGUAUGAACUUGCCGAAUUACUCUGCACACUUUGCAAUCGGAUACGAUCUUACCGGGACCUCCUUCUCAUUUUUCUGCAUGACAAGAACUGGUAUCAACCUUCAUCGCUUCCCGCCAUGUAUGAUGACGGUGAGGAGGAGGAAGCAGUCUCUGCAUCGGAUAUCUCCCAAUCGGUCUUCGAAUUACAAGGCUCGCAGGGUCGAUCCAUUUCACCCACGCCUUCCGCGGGUUCAGUUAGCACCAUCACCACUGCGCGACAAACCGUAGCGUCUGCGAAGAAAGCAGAGUAUGAAUUUCUUAUCUUCAAUUACCUUCUCCGUUUUGUUCAUCGCGAAGGGCGAAUCGGAGAUCUUGCACGAGGUGGGAUCCUUUCCCUCGUCACUGUAGCGAUGUACUCGGGGGAUAACAACACCGGAGAGACGCAGACCCCAACUGCAAGUUUCUUGCGGACGGACGGUAUCUCAGUGGAUCCUGUCGCGGAGGCUGCACUUGCAUUAGCUGAGUACAUCCUGGACGGGGACUUCCCCCAGGUUCUUUGCGCCGGGAUUGGAGCUGUCUACUCAGCUCUACCGACCAAACUCACGAUAAGAUGGAAGUCACCAACGAGCGAUAAUGGUGGUGGCAUGACUCUUGGUGGAGCGAUUGACCAGGAUGGUGGGGCCGACCCUGGCCUGGGACUGGACGAUGAAGUCAUUCCAGGCGCUGUGGAUUCGACGGAUCCAAGUUUCAUGUCCCUUCUAAAGCAUUUUCUACAUCUCUUGGAGUUCAUGCAGGAUCUUCUAAUACAAAUUACCCUCGUUGCAAGUUCUUCUGAACUGGACACGGAAUACACAUCGCCCUCAUCGCUGGUGGCGCUUACCCUUUCGCAUACAGUCCUUGAUACCUUUAGAACGACUUUUCUCAAGAACUCUGAGAGGAACGUUUCAGAUCUCAUCAUUGUCUUUCUUAUGAGCAAGGAUGAUGAUACGGGGGAUACGCUGCAUUCAAACACAGUGGCGAGAGCAGAACGGGAACGGCGAUCCCGCAAGAAGAAAAACCGCAAGACCACAGCUCUGGUGUUACUGGAACACCAUCAACAGCAGCGUCUUGUCUCCCAGCAACAUUACGACAUACUCACAACAUCUCUGGGUCGAUUUACUCUUAAGGACUUGUUAAUUGAUAACAUACAGUCAGCGAAUAGGCACUCGGCUUGUACGGCUCUCCGACUUCUUCGUUCACUGUGCACAGAUCAUUGCCAUCUCACCUCGACUAUAGACGGAUUAGGACUCUUCAUUGUGAACAGUCAGGAGGAUGCCACCAACUUCCAAGCCAGGCACCAAGCAUCAACCAGUGGGCCUGCAAUGGAUUUGGUGCGCGAAGAAGAUGAAUCGGAAGAGUUUGUGUAUCCGGGAGUAACGCCUGAAGAGACGAAAAAAGUCAAGCCGCUACUUUAUGCCCCGUUCGAAAAGGAGAACUUCAUCACUUCUUCUGAGCAUGCACGAGAAAUAGAGCUAUACGAUCGCCUUAUCUCGCGUAUCGUUCCAGCUGAUUCCAACAUGUCUGAUUCCCUUUUGGGGAUGUCAUCUUCUGUCUCAUAUAGCAACUAUCUUGGUGACGCAGUCACCCUCGUUUCCCGGACUCCUUGCUAUACUCUUCCCACUUCCUCGGUGGCAGAUCCUCCACCCGUACGUCAAUAUUCCUUAUCACUGCCUCAUCGUUUGUCCCCGUUGGAUGCCCUCCUGCAGACUUUGCUGCAAUCCUUGCGGCUUUUUUUCGUUAAUUCACCUCAGAUAAACGUUGAGCUCACUGGUGUGCUGAGUGCCAUCUGUGCAUGCCCUUAUAGAGACAUGGGAGGGUGGCUCAGCAUGGGAGUUAAUGACGAUGCCUGGGGCGAUGUGGAUUGGGAAGGGAAGGGUGUGAUGGGGAGGCCAGAGGACGAUGAAGACGAGCGCGAAGGAGACGAUAGGUCAAUCGACUUCAGGAUCGAUAUUCUCCUGCGCUCUGGCGUCAAGACAGCCUUGUCCCCAUUGAGGCCAAAGCCACGAACUGUUAUGCCAGUCCUGUAUUCUGUGCUUUCAGGACUAGUUUCUCAACUUGAUCGUUAUCGGCGCUCUGUCACCGAUUUCGACAAGUUUUUGGAGGAACGAAGACAAGGUCUCUUAUUUUUCACCGAUAACAUCACUGAUGCUAUCAACUUGAACAUGAUCAUGGCAGCAGAUGAGCAGGCCCUAGGUCGGAGCGGCACCAAACGCGGCGAUGGGAGGAAUGCCACCGCAGCUGUCCCGACUCCACCACCAAAUACCCCCGCGAGAUCAAAUGUACUCGCUAAGGGUUUCGCAUCAUUGACUGGGAUAUUUAGCCCCUCGUCAAGAAAAUCAUCCAUCAAGUCCAUUCCUCCAUCAACGCCAGCGAAAAGCAAAUCAGCCCCCAUCGUACCACAAACCCCAGAAUAUUCGGGGUCAACAAGUAGGGAUUUUCCAACUAGCCCAUUCACCCCUCACUACAAGCACACGAGGGGAAUCACUGUUGAAGGGAUUGUUGCCCCUGCACCCACCGAGGGGCCGUGGUCCCCGCAAUCCCGAACGACGAAGGCCAAGACGAAAGCUCCAGAGUACAACCCUUUUGCACCAUCUUCACUCGACUUUUCUUAUGGACUAAGUAAUGAAGCUAGUUUUGAGGAUGUCUUCACUGCGCCUGCUUCACGGUCCCCGGACGUGAACGAAGCGAACGGUAUUGCACCUCUGGAUCCUGAACAGGCACUCGCAAAGCGAGCAAGUGCUGCUCGGCUAAACCUAUCCCAACUUCUCGACAACGUAGUGGUCUUAGAGGAGAGCGUGAAGGAGCUAGCGGCUAUCUUACAAGUUAGGAGAAGCUUGGGAAUUGAUGCACUAGUUUAUGCAUAAACAAUUGGCAGGAAGGACGAAUUAUAUUAUAUUGGAUGAGGAGGCUGGAGACCACCACUGUUUGAAGCUAGUGUAGGGAUUAAUGUGGGCUAUGCUCUUAAAAUCGGCGCGUCGGGCUCGCAGGGAAGAAAUUGUAGCCAAAAUA